AUGGGCUGGGGUGGCGAGGGCAAGGGCUGGUCAGAUGGCGGCGGCAAGGGCUGGGGCGGCUGGGGAAAAGGCUACGGCAUGAUGCCGCCCAUGCCGCCGAUGUACGCCAUGUACCCGCCCAUGUGGGGCAUGAAGGGCAAGGGCAAAGGCAAGGGCAAGGCCCUCAAGGUGGACGACUCCUUGAAGGUGUGGCUGGGCAAUGUUCCAGAAAGCAUCCGGUGGAAGGAGCUUCAGGAGCACAUUGACCAGCACAUGAAGAGCAAGUGGGUCGAGAUAUUCCAUGGCAAGGGCAAAGGAACCGCAGCCGUCGUUUUUGCCAGUGCCGACGAAGCCUCACAAGCUAUCCCCCUCCUGAACGGGAGCACCAUCGGUGGACAGUCCCUGGUGGCGGACAGCAGCGGCCCUGGGCUGUGGGCUUUCACUAGUCGGGUCUCGCUUCAAAAGCUCAAGGAGUUUGAGGAGCUCAAGUCGCAACUCCAGGGCCGCAUCGACGGGGUGCUGAAGGAGCUCCGCACCAAGGUGCCGGGAUGCGAAGACCGCAUCGCUGAGCUCCAGGUUGCAAAGGUCGAGCUGGCCAGAAACGUGGAGGUGGCAAUCACCGCGACGAAACGAGUUGCGGACGAUGCACAGGCGACAACCACCACGAUGAUCGGCGACCUGGACAGUCGUCUUAGCGCCAAGCUGGCGGAUCUUCUGGCACAGCUGCAGCACUCGGAUGAGGCCCUGACGCGAGACCUGACAACGUCAGAGGGCGAGACGCGGAAGAUACUGGCGGAUGAGCUGACGGCGCUGUGCGAGCGCUUGGAUCAGGAGUUGUCGCUGGUCCGGCGUGAGAUGGCGGAGUCCAUAGAGCGUGCAGUGGGCGACGCUCGGGCAGAGAUGCAGCAGCUGAGCGCGACGCUCUCUGCAAACCUUGCGGAGAGCAAGCAACAAAGCCUGGACCACGCAUCGGAGUUGGUCAAGGCCUGCCGCGAGCACAUGGAUGCAGUCCUCCAUCGUGAGCAAAAGGCGCGGACGGCGGAGGAGGAGCGCACGAAGGUGUCCGAGGCAGACAUCUGGCUGAAGCUGGACCGGCUAAGUGAGUUGGUGCAGGAAGUUGGCGACUCCGCCCGGGAGGAAGUUCGAGUCACGACCGGGGAGUUGGACCACAAGUUCACUCAGGCGCUGACGCUCGCUGACCAGCGGCUGACGGUACGUGGCCUUUCGCAGCACUGGAAGAUCGAACUCUGGCUUGUGCUACCAGAGUACAGUCAGGGGCAGUCCUCACUUAAUGUCGCAGUGAAGCGCGCCUCCGUCGAUGUGGAGGGCAGUGAGAUGCCUGAAAGCAGGUGCCUGCGCCUCAGGAAGUUCCUUGCGACCCAUGCGGCGGUGCGCUGGUACUGGUUCCACAUGGCUGUCCAGCUGGGUUUCCUCAGCCGCGAGUAUCUCGUGAUCUCCAUGGUCUCGGAGGGCAGCUGGCCCAGCUGGCCGAGGGAGGUGCUGCUCUCCUACUGUGCCUUGUGGCUGACUUAUGGCGUGGUCUUCGUCGAGGUCAGCCACUUCUCCUCUGUCCGAAACAAGGACGUUGUGACGAAGACAACUGUGGAUGGGCUACUGGACAUGCUCCUCCUCCCGGUGAACAUCGGCUUCUUUGGUCACCUUUGCGUGAGGAAGCUGGCGCUGCAAGGCGAGCACUCAGAUCACUCCUUGCACAUCAUCUCCACCAUCAUGGAGAGCUCGGAGAUCUGGGAGGCCUGGGCACUUUGGUCGGUGCUUGGCCUCUUCGUCACCGUGGUGGACGUUGAGUCCCGCCGCGACCCGGCGAACCGGGAGUUCGCGGUGCCCUUCCGGAAUCUGAGCCUCCAGGGGGUGCGCACGUGGGUGUGCAUGAUCAUCAUCAUCACUGCAACCCGGCUGGUCAUGACCGGGGUCUUGCAGUCGCGGGCUCCGACGAUGUGCUUCUGGGCUUCGAAGACCUGCACCUCCUGCAACGAGCUCUACGAGAACAACAUCCACCUGGCUGCAGCUGCGGUCAACUUCAUUCUUUGCUCCUUUGCGCUGGCCUUCGUCUUCACCUUUGAGCACAGCUUUGAUGAGUACCUGAGCAGGAUCGGGCCUUUCUGGAAGUUUUGGGGAGUGAAGGGCGUGGUGUCGGUCACAUACUUUCAGUGGCUGGUGUUGAGUUACGGGCCUCUCAACUUGGAUGACAAGCGCAUCUACGAGCUGCAUUGCCUCCUCUGCACACUGGAGAUGCCCAUUCUCGCGGUCAUUCACGCGAGUUGCGCGUAUCCCUAUGGCAAGCCGUGGCUGGACUACCUGCUGCAACUGCAGCAGCAGGACAUGAGCGAGUCGGGGGGCCAGGAAGCCACUCCAGCCCGGAACGCGCACUUCCGCCUGACUCGCCUGACCCAGUUCAAUGUGGACUUCACCAUCUCAACGCGAAGUUGUGGGCCGGAGUCGUGGAUCUUGCUCUUCUACGUCCUGUUCUGGAGUCUGGGCUGCCUUGCAAGCCACCGGUUCGUGGUGUUCGUGCUGCCCAUCUCGCACGAGGUCCAGGGCCCACAGCCACCGGUCUACUACGCCACAUGCAACACUGAAGGGGACAUCGCGCACUUCCUUGCGGGUCGAUCCCCAGAACUGCACUUUCAGGUCCGGAAUGACACGGUAGAGAGGCACCGGCUGCCGGGCGUCGCCGGAGCCUGGCUGCCUUUGUGCGGCAAGGCCGCCCUGGACUGUGAGCCUGGCUUUCAUGGCGUCCCCUCGCUGCGCUGCUCGCCCAGCGGCCGGUACGAGCCCACCGGCCUUUGCAAACCCAUCCGCUGCGGCCAGCCCCACGAGGAAGCCGGGCACGCCAGGAUACAUAGGUCCGACUUGGUCAUCCGCGAGUGGACAAGUGACAUGGUGAUUUCCUACGAGUGCAUUCGGGGCUUCGUGGGCAAGAUGCGGGCAAAGUGCGGUCGGGAUGGUCGCUGGACGUUUACGGGUCAGUGCAAAGAGGUUCUUUGCCCUGAUCCGCCGCUUGUCCCGCGCGCGAAGCCGUUGCUGGAGCCGAGCGAGCUUGAGAACCGCACUUGGCAGGCUGGGAUGUCGUUGCGAUAUCAGUGCGUCGAUCCAUUUAUUGGCAUCAUUACGGCCAGCUGUGAGGACGAUGGGAACUUCGUCUUGCAUGGAAGAUGCUUGGCAUUCUGCAAGACACCCCCUCCCGUGGACAAUGCCAUCGCAACCUACAACAAUUCUGUUGCACGCCGAGGAUGGUCCGAGGGCAUGCGGGUGAAGUACGAAUGCCUGUCUGGCUGGGGUGGCACAGUCUUUGCAACCUGCCGGGAGGAUGGUCAGUAUAGCAUCGAGGGCAGUUGCAAGGUGCAGUGUUCUGACCUGCAAGCCACCUUGCGCACUACCUACGGGCCCGCCUGGACUGACAUCAUCUCGGUCAAUCGUUCCCAUUCGCUGGACCUCACAGGUACGGGCGAGGCCGACGUUGUUGCUCUGGCGUGCGCCCCAGGUUUAUUUGGCAUGCCCUUUGCCGCUUGCCAAGAAGGUAGCUGGCAGGUUCUGGGCUCCCCCUGCCGCGCCUUUCCCACAUCGAAGGGCUGCGGCUGCAAACGCCAAUGGAAGUUCUGCAGCGACCUCCUGCAGAGCACCUGCAUUCGCUGGCAUGGCUGCCGUGGGUCCAGUGCAGAGAGGUAUGGGUGGUGUGAGGUGGAUGACAAGCUGCCCUGCGGCUCGGGCAGCGCUCCUCGUUGGGACUACUGCGUGGGUCAAGGGCCGCAAGACGAUCCCGAGGUUCCCCUGGAAAGCGAGAUGGGCUCUGUGGUGCUGCGUUAUGGGCUCUUCGUGGCCGUGGGCAUGCUUUCGGUGGUCGCCCUGCUCUUCCUGCGUCAGUUUCUGCCUGUCCUCGACGACUCGUGCACUCGGCUCAAGGCCGGACUCUGCGAGGUGCAAAAUGCGGCCACGCGCAGAGUUACGUGGGUUCUCCGCAAAGCUUCGGAGAAACUCCGGCCUCCACUACUGGACGAUGUGAAGAUCCAGCCCCAUGUCAGCUGGUUCUCUCCCCUCUUUGACGCCGGCGGCUGCCACGGCCUGCAGCUAGAGUUGCAGAUUUUCCGGGUGGCGGAUCCACCCCUGGAGGGCCAGGAGGUGGGAGACUGUGCCGUGUACCUCUGGGCGACCAAGGGUUGCAAUCUGGUAUACAAGCUGGCAGUUGGAAGCAAGUCGCAGCUCCUCGAGAAGAAGUUCAACGGACGCGUGCCUUACGGCACAUCUCGCCUCUGCUUCUUCGCUGACCAGAUCAACAAGGAGGAUGACACUCUGCGUGUGUCCUGCGAGGUGCUAGAGGCCUUGCGGGAGCUCGAGGCCCCGGUGCAGCCGGCAGCACCUCACCCGCCCGACUGGAGGAAGGCCCUCAUUGCUGAAGGCAAGCCUGUGCCUGAGGUGGACGCAGUGGUGGCGGCGAGUCGUGACCACAGCGGCCCGGAACCUCUUGAAGGCCAGCUGCUGUACUCCAUGCACAUCAACAAUCGACUCCUGGAUCUGGUAAGAGACCAAGUCGACGCCAUGAAGUGUCGGAUGGUCCGAAUCGUUGAGUGGAGGAUCGAGCACGCAUCCCUUCUUCGACAGUGCUUUCCAGCGGGUGAAGCGAUGUGCAGCACGGACUUCGGCGCAGCGGGAAUCGAAGGCCUUCGGUUAGUCUUCUAUCCCUCCGGCUACGUCGGCGCGACGGAAGGCUUCUGCUCGCUCUUCCUUGUGGCUCCAGCUGGGGCGACGCUGCAGUGCACGCUGCAAGCGGGUCGGGAGCGCCGCGAAGCAAGCCACGCCUACCAGCGCGAGGGCGCGUUUGGGCGCACCAACUUCUGCCAGCUUGAGAGCUGUGUAGACGAGCAUGACUCGAUUCACAUCCGCUUGGACGUGAUGGAAGCGCACCAAGACCUGGUAGCGAAGGCCGCCCAUCCACCUCCCAAGCCCGGAGAUCAGCGGACACUCUCGCAGCAAGAGGGCGUGGUCGCUGGCCCGGUACACAGCGCCGUUAAGCUGCGGCGCCACGUGGGGAACCACUUGGAGGAUGUGAAGGUCCUGCCUUCGCUUUGGAUGGCGAAGACGGCAGACGACCCGUUGUCAAGGCCCCAGGGCUACCACGACUUCAACGAGAUUCGCGAGCGUGCUGCGCAUCCCGUGCGAGGCAGCCUCGCCGUAGCCGUGGCUCGGGAUGCCACGGCCCGUGCUCCAGCUGCCUCAAAAGAAGAUGCGACCCUUGUCGACGAGACGUUGCGCCGUCGCCCAAAGAGCGGUCUCCCUUCAGGCCGGAGCGGCGCCCGCCUCUCCGAGUCUCAGCCGAACCUGAAGGAUCCGGCUUUGUCCUUUGGAGGAAGCUGUGCCGAGGAUCGGCUAUGGUUGCUGGAGGUUCCUCCCAUGGACCGUCGGCCAAGGAGUGCCGGCAUCCCCGGCCGGAGGAGGCCCAAACAUCUGGUCGUCAACCUGACCGAACCCAUUUGCCACAUGAAGGACGGAGAUUGA